UAAGUAUCUUCUUAUUAUUUUAUUUUGUACCUUCGGACAAAAUGGGUUAUUUUGCAACAAUAUCCGUGGUAUGCCUGAUUUUACUACAAACACUAUACAGUCAUAGAACUGGGGGUGCUUGCAUCGAUCCUCUUGGUGUGGAAGAUGGAACUAUUCCUUCCGACCAACUUACAGCUUCCAGUGUAUAUAAUGAUCAAAGGUGGUAUGGGGCUGACCGUGGGCGACUCAACGCAGACGAAAAUGCUGGAUAUGGAGAAGGAUGGUCAGCAAAGGCCAAUGACAAUAAUCAGUGGAUUCAAGUUGAUCUUGGUAUACUGAAUGAAGUCACUGGAGUAAUAACACAAGGGAGCCAUGCCUGGAAUGAAUGGGUGACAUCGUACGAAGUGCAUCACAGUGUUGAUAAUACCAACUUUCAACCAGUAACGGAAGGAAGUGGUCAAAUUGCGGUGUUUACUGGAAACUCAGAUCGAAACACUGCUGUGACAAACAUGUUCAAUACUGGAGUCUUCGCUCGAUACGUCCGUAUCCAUCCAACCGAUUGGAAUGAACACAUCAGUCUGAGAUUUGAAGUUCUUGGAUGUCCAGAUUUAAAGUUCCGAUUUCGUACGAUGGUCAAUAAAGAUAAAAGUCAAUCACAAAAUCACGUGAUAAGUAAUCAUCAUACGCAGUCCGUCAUCCGAUGCGGGUUGCACUGCUUGAGGGAACCAUUAUGCGUGUCCGUUCAAUUUGGUAAAGGUAUAUGUCAACUACAUGGCAUCAGUGAAGAGGAGAACAAAAGUUACAUUGUUACAGAUACAAACAUGGUUUACUACGAGAAUACUCAAUAAUAAAGAAAACGAAGAAUACAAAAAUCGUUACUCUUGAAUGACGAUAAGAAAUUGGGUAAAAUACUCUAAAUGUACUAGUGAAGAAUGUAUUGAUAUAAUGUAUUCUACUAUAAAAAAUGUUCUGCUAUUGUUAGUUUCACGUCUUAUUAUUCUUUCGGUGAGGGUAUUUACUACAGGUAUUUGCUAUUUACUAUCCUGAGGUAAACAUGCUGCUAAAUAGGCAAAUAAGUAGGUAAACAUGCUGAUAAAUAGGCAAAUAUUUGUUUAUAUAGUACGUGUAUUGUUUAGUAUUAGGGUUCAAUAACAUUUUGUUAUAUAACGAUUGGAAUUCAACAUGUGUCAAAUCGGAAUCGUGACAAGCAGACACACAACAAUCGGAUUCGUGAAAAGCUGACACAGCAAAGUCUAAUUCGUGACAACCCGAAUAAUAAUGAUGAUCAAAUUCUUGACAAGCCGACAACAAGACUUAACUCACUGAAAAACCUGUCAUCAAGAGGAUGACAAUUAAAGACAUUGUUCAAGAAAAUUUUUCCAGAGGGUAGGCCAACUCUGAAUUUUAAACAUCUCAUUUUCUUUUGAUUUCAUCUCUUUUGUUUCAACUUUAUUUUUAUUGGAAUGUACAUGAAAUUUAUGAAGACUGACGAAGUAUAUGGGUAAAGUUGAAUGCACUAUUUAAUUCAAUCAUUGUGAGAAAGAUUUUUUUUUUAUAUUUUUAUCCUUAAUUCAAGAUUGAAUUUAACACUUAUUUGGCAAUAAUUUGAUAUAUUACCUCGACCACAAUAUUUUUAUAGUGCACAAUACAUUUCAAACAAAUAGAGGUCAAAAUAGUAAAUAUUUAACAUUAGACACAGACAUAUUUGUAAUUGAUAUACUGACUGAUUGAUUGAAAUAUGAAAACGCAAGUAUAUAAAAUCAGUAAUAUAACAGUUAUUCAGGAAAGAUUAGGUUGACCGACUGUUGAUUAUGCAAUAUGUAUAACUGAUUUCAAUUGAUCAUAGCCUGUUUUUUUGGAGUCGGGUCACAGCCCGUAUUCUGGACAGAUUUCAAAGCCCGUAUUCUGGACAGAGAAAGCCCGUAUUCUGGACAACUGCGCCCUCAUACAGCCCGUAUUCUGGACAGAUUUCGCCUCACCAGCUGGUUUUUUAAGGUUAUAAAAAGCUAAAUAAUAAUUGAUAUAACAAUUUAUUUAUUGAAUUACUUUACUGGCCAGAAUUUUAUUAUAAAAUGUUUAAUUGAUAUGACAUGUAAAGGAGUAAAUUCUUCGAUUAUAAAAUGUGAUGAUUACCAUUCACUGUAUACUAAUUGCACUGGCCGGCAAAUGAAUUUCAGCAUUUGGGAACGUUACGGUACAUUUUAUUUACUGUACUUGCAAAAGAUUUAUCUUGUUAAUAUGGAACUAUACUGACAUCUUGAAACAAAUAUUGAUACAAUAAAUUAAAAUAUAUUGAUAAUUUGCAAUUACAAUUUAUAUUGAUAAGACCAGGGAACAGUGAAAAAAUCGACCAAUCAGAUUGAUUUCUUUAAUUGAUAAAAGAUAGGCCUAUUAAAACUUUAUUCAUUUUUUAAUUCGAAAAAGGGAGAAAGAGAGAGUGGCGAUGAGAAAAUGAUGGGAAAUAUAAUAUGUAUUCAUCUUGACCAUCUAUAAUA